ACUGCUAACGUUAGCCCGUUUGCUCCCUCGUGUGGUUAUACACACAAACGCAGGACGGCUCACGCUUGUACAAAACAACAACGAUAGAUGUUAUGAUAUCAGUCUGACACAGACUAUUUCACCUCAGUAGAUGUGACAGCAGAUUGUCAGCGCAAGUUAAUAUCAAAUAUUAUCUGUUCCUCAGUGAAGAGCUCAGAUCUGCGCCAGAAGCUAACGGUUAAGCGGGCAGAGGCGUCGACCUUCAUCAUGGCUUGCCUCGGAGGAUUGUUUUCUCUCGCAGUUUUGUUUGGCUUUGUGACCGCUGGGUUGCCCAAAAGAACAGCUCCCGUGUUCCUGGAAAAGUGGGAUGCACUAAGUUUAAUUUCCCGCCAGAAGAGAAGCAACGCGGAUGAUGAAGAGACUAAACUCCCUGCCAACCUCGAGAGGGAGUGUUUAGAGGAAGUUUGUGAUUACGAAGAAGCAAGAGAAGUCUUCCAGGAUAAUUAUCGCACAGACAUCUUCUGGUCUGUCUACAUUGAUGGUGACCAGUGUGCUGAGCAGCCAUGCAAAAAUGGAGCCAUGUGUUCAGAUAGUGUGGGGGGCUUUGACUGCAUUUGUAAAUCAGGCUUUUCAGGAAUCCACUGUGAGACAGAUCAAACGGUAUGUGUAAUCGAUAAGAGCAAAGGGUGCAGUCAGUUUUGUAAGCCGGGCUACCAGUCGUACGAGUGCUCGUGUGCGUACGGCUGGAAACUGCAGCAGAGAGAGAAGUGCGUGCCGGCUGUAACGUUUCCAUGUGGAAAAGUGGCAAGUUUGAGUCAGCGGGGCCAACGUCGGACAACUAACAUACAGUCAGACUAUCAAGGACUCACCUGCGGCCCAGAAGAGUGUCCCUGGCAGGCGAUGCUGCGACAUGGAUCGGUUGGUUUCUGCAGUGGGGUGAUCUUCAAAGAGAACAUGGUUCUCACCACGGCCCAGUGCGUUAGGAAGUACAGCGACUUUCAGGUGGCGGUGGGUAAAAGGGUGACCUCAUUCGAAGCAGGAGAGCAGACGCUUCAGGUAAAGCAGGUGCACAUCCACCCGCUCUAUGUUGAGGGCAAACCUGACCAUGACAUGGCUGUAGUAGAGCUGACGCAGAAGAUCGUCUUCAAGAAGAGCGUGCUUCCAGCCUGUCUGCCCGAGAGAGACUUCGCUGACAGUGUGCUCAUGGCGGGCGACUACAUGGGUGCCGUCACCGGCUGGAAGGAAGUUUCCGGUGCAACGGAUCUUGAAGGGAACCUCAUGUUAAACCACCUGUCCUAUGACAAACUGCUGGUUUGCUCGCAGCGCCACUCUGGUCAGGUCACCAACAAAAUGGCGUGUACUAUGCCUCGAGCUAAAGCAGACUGCAUCUUGGGACAUGGCAGCCCUUUGCUCACGCUGUACAGAGAGGUGUUCUUCCUCACCGGCAUAGUCAGCCAGCCUUCAGGAACCGACUGCAAGAACGGUUAUGUCUUUCAGAAAGUGUCCCGCUUCUUGCCAUGGUUAAACACAUUCAUGCGCCCAUAAUGGAAGAGAAAAGAAUGAAUGCACAAUACAUUUCUAACCUGUUUUUGUUUUAGUUGACAUUUACGUUUUCUAAAAUUUGUUGUGUAUAAGUGGGAACAAAGGCAGAGUUCGUCAGAGGGGGGUAUUCCAGAAAACAAGGUUAACUUACAUGUACCCUGAACUCUUGGUUUGAUGAGCCCAAAACUUGUUUACUCGGGGUGUGACUGUUAAUACGGCUUUAUAAUUUAGCUUAGCCAUUUUGCUUACGUGUCUGACAAGGUGAGAUAUAUCAAUGAGUCACACUAUGAGUCCUGUAGGAAAUAAAGACAACCUUUUAAUUGAGUAGCUGUCAGCAUGUGAGAUGAGAAAAUGUUGGUUUUAAGAUUUGUAAGGUAAAAUAAAAUGAGCAUUCGAUCAUGUUAUAAUAAUGCUUUUUGAUGUUAUGCAUAAUCCAUGCCGUCACGGCCACUGGAGCCUCAUGAAAAGGUGCCCUGCUGAAAAAAAAAA